GUUGCACGCUUGAAAAGGGGGGGCGCAGUGGGUUGUUUUACAGAGAAAGGAGAUAACAGCGUGCGGAGCACUCAGAGCCAAUUUGUCCCCAUCUGGAGGGGGAUCCAGAGGUAACAGCUGGUGUGCCAAACGCAGGAUCGGGUCUUCUCCAGCGGGGUCCACAUCAGUCAUGAGGCUGCUCAGGGAAGGGCCGGCAUGUGAGAAUAAUGAUGGUCACUGAUCCACUCUACGCGCUCCGCCGCCUCCACCCACUGGAAUAAGAUGCCACCGUGCCCACGCGCUUGGCAUGCCACUCAGAGACUAACCUGGUAUAAACCGAGAACAAAUACACGCAGCGACGAGUUCACAGGAGAAGCAGCGAGGUAGUGCCCGGAUUCAGAAAACGGUGCGCCGGGGAGACGGAGGCGCAUAGUGGCGCGCGACGAGGAGAGGUCCACAGUGAUGCUGUUCCUGCGGCCCCCGGUCCUCUCCGCGCUCCUUCUCUUUCUUCUCCUGCUCCUGGUGCUCCUGUCAUCGGGACGAUGCGGCGCAACGCCGCGUCACCGCGGCUCCGGCGCGCGCGGGGAGCGCUCCGGGGACGGACGCGAAAUGAUGGAGCAAGCUGGCCGCAAACACAGGAACCCAGUAAUACUCACGGGACGCGGAUUUAGGGGCAAUGAGAGGAGGAACAGACAACACCACAGAGCGGAAAGUCACUCCAGAGAUUCACAACAAAAGGAAAAGUUCAUCAUUCACAUAACAGGUCCUCUCUACUUCGACCCAAAGUGCCGGAAACAAUUUUAUAGACUUUACAACAACACCAGGGAAUGCACAGUACCAGCUUUUUAUAGAAGAUGUGCUCAACUGCUGAUUCAACUGGCGAAGAACCCUCGUUGUGCAAAGAAGGCAUCCUGAGACGACUUUGGACUAAAGAAGCUGCUCUGACAACAUGUUGGAAAUUGAGCCCAGAAAUGUGUUGAUUUCCAGCUACUCUUGUACCCCAUGUGGAAGAGUUUUUACUUUUGUCUAACUGAUAUGAUGCAGGAACUGCUUGUUUUUUGGCAAAAUCAGUUCACUGGUUGGUAUUUUUGACUCGCUUGCAGUCGUCUGGAGUAACAGUCCUUCACUCCCUGAUCAUGUCUCAACCACUCAGUUAAACUUCUGCUGGACACUAAGAAAAUCCAGAGUGACAGGAAGCUAUUCGUCGUCAACUACAAUCAACUUUUCUGCAGCAACUUUCUGUUUUUUUGGCUUUGAGAACUGCAGCUCCACAUCAAUUCUUCAAAUGUUGUUUUCAGUGUUUUUCUGGAUUUCCUUUACAGAUGAAAUCAGCCUUAAUCCUUGAUGUCAACCUAUUAAAAGUUAAAUGGGACAUGCCACACUAGAGUGGCCUAUAAUUCUAAAGACUUUCCAGUAUAUUUAUGUUGUUGAAGCUGCCAUACUGUGUGCAAUAUGUACAUACUGAAAGAGGAAUAAAGAUACUGACUUGAUACAAA